AUGUAAAGUUGAUUACUUUUUCACAUUGUGCACAGUUGUACACAUUUGCAUGAGUGCAUUGUAAAUGUAAAUGUAAUCGCAAUAUGCCUGUAAUUCUUCAGUAAAUCUGGUCAGCUGGGUAGUGAAUAGAUACUCGAUUAUUCAGUUGCUUUUUAAAAUAAAUAAUUUACAAAAGAAAUAAGCCACUGGGUAUGUAUCUACAUAUGUACGCCUCGGUCUCGCUGUUCUAGAAGGCCAUCAUCAAAUAUUUCCCUGUAAAAAACCCGGGGAUGUCUAUUUCUCCGAAUCAGAACUAACCGAUUCUACAUACAUUUCCUGUUAUUCGUUGUUUUAUUAACAAAUCAGAAAUUCAGAAAUCAUACAUAUAUCUGCAUAAUUCCAUAUUCAUGCUUGAAAUUCACAGAGACAAAUAGGGAGUAAUUAUAAUAACUUUGUGCAGUGAUCAUUUCUAUAAAUUAUGCAGUUUCAAUAUUUGGAAUCGUAGCCACAGUACAAAUUAUGGAUAAAAAAAGUGCAUUUUUUGAUCUCCACUGGGAACAUAUUUUAUUCUCAAAAAUAUUUCCGUUGUUAGAAUGGAAAGACUUGUUCCAUUUAGGAUCAGUUAGCACUAUGGGAAGAAGUUGCAUGGACCAAUAUUUUUCAACCUUGAAGGAGAUUGAGAUCCUUGGAUCUUUCAGUGCCUUUGCAUUUCAACGAGUAUUCAGAAACUGUACGAAGCUCAAGGUCCUCCGAUUAAGAAAACAUUGCGACUGGGUGGACGACGCUUCAUUAUCACAACUCUUUACGACGAAUAAGGAACUCCAGGAAGCGGACCUGAGUGGAUGUUCCAAUUUGAAUGGGACAUGUGUACACCGACUCGUUUUCGGUUGCAAAGGACUGAAAGUACUUGGACUAAGCGGUUGCAACUGGGUGACCCCACAAUCAAUUGAAUUAGUGAUGACGCAUCUCACUGAGUUGGAACGGGUAGACUUUUCAUUGUGUAAAUCAAUCAAUAAUGAACUACUUGGGCACUUUAUUAUGCGCUUUGGAAGGUUGAAAAGAAUAAAAUUGGCAUUUAUGCCGGCAGUGAAUGAUGCCACACUACUUUUGAUUUCCCGAUCUUGUCCAAACCUUACGCACGUGGAUGUGAGUGCUUGUGGAGUUACGGAUCAUGGCAUCAAGAGUGUGGCUGAGUACUGCAAAAGUCUACAGUCGCUCAAAGUACGGUACUGUCGUGGCGUUACAGAAGCGAGUUUACGUUCACUGAGAAUUCGGGGUACUGUUGAAAUUGAUCAAUCUGCAACGAGCAACAACAACUGGGGGGAUAGAAGUAGUGGACUCGGGAUCAGGGUGCAAGUUUAAGUAAAGUGUCAACCAGCUACUCAUUUACUGUGAAAGAUCAAGUAGAGAAUUUUUGUCACCACGAUAUAAAAAGUGAAAUAAAGCUUCCUGCUUGUACUUAUCGUGUACAAUA